AAAUCAUUGUAGUUUAACAUUUCUUUGGCAGGGUGAAGUUCAAAUCGUGAAGGAAAUAUUUACAUAGAAAAUGAAAAUCUUCAUCACUGUCACCAUCUUCGCGGCUAUCGCCGUUGUGGGCGCAAAUUGCGGAAUGACUGAUACCAAACAGGGCAUCGUAUCCUCAUCGUAUGGCGGUGGAUAUGGUGGUGGAUCUUCUUCAUCUUACUCUGCACCAGCUCCAGCUUCAGCACCGUCAUACGGUGGUUCUUCCUCAUCGUACGCAGCACCUGCAGCUGCACCAUCAUACGGUGGUGGCUCUUCCUCAUCUUACGCGGCACCUGCAGCUGCACCAUCAUACGGUGGAGGCUCUUCCUCAUCUUAUGCAGCACCUGCAGCUGCACCAUCAUACGGUGGUGGCUCUUCCUCAUCUUACGCAGCUCCAGCACCUGCACCAUCAUACGGUGGUUCAUCCUCAUCAUACGGUGGUGGUUCUUCCUCGUCGUAUGCUGCGCCGCCAUGCCCAAGAAAUUAUCUGUUCAGUUGUCAGCCUUCCUUAUCGCCAGUAGGAUGCGCUUCGUCAGGUAGCAGUAGCGGAUACGGCUCAGCGGCUGCUUACUCUCAAUAUGUGCCAUCGUACGCACUCCCACCAAUUGGAUACGGCUAUUGAGCCAGACGAAAACAUAGACAUCGCAUUAGGAUUUGGCUUGUGAAUGAACCUCGCUUUCUUUUUAUGAUUUAAUUAUUGCAGUUAAUAAGAAAUUUUUGAAUUAAAAAAAAACACGUGUUAUUGUUUGCUAAUAUAUUACAUAAAGAUUCGAAUAUGAA